GUUAUACUCCUUCCGUCUCAAUUUAAGUUGCAUGUAUACUAAUUAUAGAGUCAAAUUUGAACCACUUUCUUUGACCCAAUUUUUCUACUCAUUAGAUAAAAUAAUAUAAUUUUAUCACUUGUUAUUUUAUAGAAUUUUUUAUAUAAUUUUUAAAUAUAUAAAUUUUAGUUUUUAGUCUAUACAUUUUUUCAAAUAAAUUGAAUUAAAAAUAGAAUUUAAAUUUAAUUAGAGUGGCCCAUUAAAGGCCCAAAGUACUGCGGAGCGGACAGUUAUUUUCCUCACCCAUCUUCUCAUUUCGGCGCAAUGGAGCCUUCCCAAUCCUCUGUGGGCCCCUUUCCCACCCCUCUUCUUUCGCUCUCCGCCUUCUUCCACCGGCACUCCGCCCGCUUCGGGGCCGAGCUCUCCGGCCGAUUGGAUGAAGCCAAGCGUUUUUUUGGCUCUAAAUUAGCCGCAAACUUCAGCCCUCUACCACCACCACCGCUGACGGUGGUUGGAAAUCGUUUGCAUCCAACGCUUUCAUCUCCCUUGUCGUCUCUCCCAUUUGCUUCGGUGUCGCAGAAGACUGGAGAAGGCUCUGGAUUGAGCUCCGACCGCCUUUCCAAAUCUCUGCUCGGAACUUCAGUAUUCACCGUCAGCAACUCAAACAAUGAGUUCGUGCUCAUCUCCGAUCAAAAUAGCGCGAAAUCUAUUGGUUUGCUUUGUUUUCGCAAAGAAGAUGCCGAGUCAUUUCUCUCUGAGGUGCGUUCCCGCAGGGGGCAAGUCAAAGGCGGGGUUAAGGUCGUUCCUAUUACUCUCGAUCAGGUUUAUAUGUUGAAUGUUGAAGGAAUCGCAUUUCGGUUUCUGCCUGAUCCAGUUCAAAUAAAGAAUGCUUUAGAGCUAAAACCUAAAAGUUCUACAAGCGGAUUUGAUGGAGUCCCUGUUUUUCAGUCAGACCUCCUUGUUGUCAAGAAGAGAAACAGGCGUUACUUGCCCAUAUUCUUCAGGAAGGAAGAUAUAGAGAAAGAAUUGUUGACUGUGUCACGUGCAUCAAGGGGAGGAUAUGGUGCAUCUCAACACAUAAUGGUGGGGAGUCUGGAAGAUGUGUUGAAAAAAAUGCAGAAAAGUGAAAAGAACUCAGGUUGGGAAGAUCUAAUCUUCAUUCCACCCGGUAAAAGUCAUUCACAGCAUAUUCAAGACAUAGCAAAAUCAUAGUGCCUUUGGCUAAUGAGGUAGCGGAACGAGUGGGUUAUACUACCUCCGUCCCGCUAUAUUCGUCCACUUUUGACUUUUGGAACUGUUCAUCUAAGCACUUUGACUCAUCAAAUUCUCUUAAUGUGUAAGCUUAAAUAUAGUCAUGUGUGAUCU